UCAAAAGGCUCUAUAUUAUUGUUAUAUUACUCUCCCUGGCAGUCUAAGCAUUCUGCUUACAGCCAUUCAACCGUGUCAUUAAACAACGUACUACUACAUAUCCUGGGAUUAGUACAAUAUGCCGAAACAACCAGACUACUACAAGGUCUUAGGCGUGUCCCCCAACGCAACGCAGCAGGAAAUCCGCAAUGCGUACAAGAGGGAAUCACUGAAAUCGCACCCGGACCGAGUCCCUGUCGAUUCGCCCCAACGACCUGCGCGGACACGUAAAUUCCAAGAAAUCAGCGAUGCCUACUAUACCCUGUCAAAUGAAUCCCGCCGGCGAGAAUACGAUGCCAUGAGACAAUUUGGGGAAUAUGCGGAGGAACCUGAAGAGGAAGCGCCUCGGCCUGGAUGGGGAGGUUUCCCAUGGUCUGCUUUCGGCUUCGGCUCCGGCGCCGGCGCCGGCACGGCGGACAGUGAACAACGGGCCUCUGAUCAGUUCGGAUCUAUAUUCGAAGAAAUGUUACGCGAGGAAGGCCUUGCCAGCGAGAGCGAGGAUGCAGAUGGUCAGAGGCGUGUCCGGCCUACGUCCCGUUUCUGGUCUAUCAUAGGUGGAGUCAGUGGUGGUGCACUUGGGUUUAUCAUGGCAAAUACUGCAGGCGCCUUUGCGGGUGCAGUAGCUGGAAACCGGCUUGGUGCUGUCCGCGAUGCCAAAGGAAAAAGUGUCUAUGAUGUCUUCUUGGAUCUUCCCCAGGAUGGCCGGGCACGUCUUUUGAGCGAACUAGCGGCCAAGGUCUUCCAAUCUACCAUGGGUCGUUAGACACAAAUCUAUAGCGGAUCGAGUACUUUCGUGUUGUUUUGGGUGUAUCUAAGCAUGUGUGUCACGGGGAGCGAUGAGCAUACUUGUUUGAUAUAGUCCGUCUUUGUCUGCUUGUUUCUUUUUUUGAUUGUUUCAAGACCACGCGGUAAUUUUGUUCAUACACCUAUUGGGUUCAAUUGGAAGGACGUAUAUCAUUGGUACUGGCAUAUUGAAUACACAUAACGAGGACGCAUCUAGUACUUCCUAGAUAUCUGGACCGUGUCGAAGAGGUCUCACUCAAG